UGACUUUGUCUUCAAUUUUGAUUUGCCCAAUUUGAUCGUUUUUUCUUGUCUGCGACACCCGGAACCGCCCUCAUCCUUCCCCGACCUUCUCAUCACAGCGAGAUCAAUCUUGUCAUCUUUCUUGCAAUACCUAGCUCUGGUACGGCAUGCCUUCUCGGAAAAAAUGCGGCAAUCCGCUAUUCCUCCAGUGGAUGGAAGAGAUCCGUGAUGCUGCGCGUGAAAAAGGAUCUAAAUCUGCUGAAACUUAUUCCAAAGCCUGUCGCUCUCUUGAAUUUUGCCCUGUUACCUAUGAUCGGCCUCGUGAUCUUGCCAUCUUGGCGCACAUCGGAGAAAAGACAAUAGCGCAGCUAGAAAAUAGGUGGAUAGAAUACCGGAAGAGCCAUGGUUUGGAUGUACCAGCAGAGCCAGAGAAACUUUCUACAGCAGAGCCUAAAACAAAAGACAAAGGCAAGGGUUGUGCAGCCCCAGAUGUUGAUGGUCCAAUGUCUGGCACCUCCCAAGAGACCACAAAGAAAACUCGCAAAACCACCGCAAAGGCAUACAUUCCUACUCAAGGCUCUGGCGCUUACGCUAUUCUGUUGGCUCUCAUCCUUGCGAUUGACAGGCCCGAAGUCACAACUCAGGUCUUCUUGACAAAGUCUGAGAUUAUUCGUACCGCCCAAGAAUAUUGUGACACGUCGUUCGAACAUUCAGAGAAGGGAACAUACUUUACUGCUUGGAGUGGAAUGAAAACGUUAGUGAACAAAGGCUACGUCUAUGUAACGGGAAAUCCUCAUAAACAUUGCUUGACGGAGGAGGGAUACGAUGUGGCACUGGCCAUCCGGAAUCUGAGGCCAGAGUUUUCCCACAUGAAGAAGCAUCCAUUUUCGCAUGCCCCUGCUCCUGGGACGUCAAACAGAGUGACAGAACUCCCUAGAAAUCGCGCAAUAACGGCGUUAGAUCUAUAUAACGGGCCUUCUAUUGUUCCUUCUACCCUCUCGACAGAAUACGUCCCGCCCGCCAAUGCUCAUUCUUCGCCAGCUUCCCGACUCGCAUCUUUUGACGCUGUGGCAUCCAAACUGACUGCAGGGGAAAGAUUUAAUUUUUGGUACAUCACGCCUUCUGGUUCACGAACCCCUCUCAUGACAUCUGCCCAUCUUCGCCUUGACCCCGAGCAAUUCGUCAACCUUCGUCGUAUCGAGUUCAAGUACUCGCAGCGCAACCACCCAUUUGCUGCGCAGUUGCGAUUGAUGGACGCUCCUACUACUGCAAAAUUGAGGGACAAAAGUGGUGUGCCUACAUUGUAUGCAUAUCUCAUCGAAGCAGAUGCUCCACCCAAGUGUAGCAUGUUUGAUACGGAAAGCAGUCAAAGCAGGGCAAAAGCGAGCGGGAAAGACAAUGCCAGCAAUGCAGGCAGCAGUCCGCUGGGCAGCAGCCCAGCUCCCAUCUCAAGAUCAAGAAGUGGUUUGGGAGGGAGAAAUGACUCUUGUGCUAGCCUUUCCGAUGGCGGGUCUCGAUUGUCCGCAUCGGCAGGCAAACCGACCGACCCGUUCUAUUUCGAUGUUCGCACUUUGGCCCUUCAAAAGAAUCCCUCUAUGCCUUCGAAUAGUGCUUCGACUUCCCAGUCUGUGAGCAGAUCGACUUCUUCAUCACGUCCUCUUUCCAAUUCGGGACCAUCCCCCUAUCAGAAUCCGUACGAUGCCAUACUGGGUCAAAAUCCUUCUAGCCCUCCAGUAUCGACAUUGUCGCGGACCAUUACCGCGCCCGCAAGCACAUCAUCCCAACCACGAACAUCCUCUCUUUCCACCCUAAACAUUGGCUCAAGUUCCACUGUACCUAGUAUUUCCAAUCGCUCAUAUUCUUCUGCCGCGGUUUUACCGUCUCGUCCAGUCGUUCCAAGGAUGGGACCGCGUCUUUCUAACCAUGUACCCAGUCCAAUCCCGGCACCCGAGCGUUUUGAUGAUACUAUCAUCCCACCGCCAGAUUUGCAUUCCAAAUCACUUCCUCCAUUUACCAUUUCUAAUGCCAUCGUUUUCCCGCCAGGCUCAUAUGAUAUUAUCCUUAUCAUUGAUACUCGUGAAGUCGAGUCCUCGAAAACGAAAAAUAGGGACAAAAUCGCGGAGACAUUGGAGGCAAAAGGUAUCAGAGUUGAGACCAGAGCUUUGCGAUUGGGCGACAUGUGUUGGGUUGCCAGGAGGAAAGAUGGGCUGGGUGGCGAAGAAGACGAAUGUGUGUUAGAUUAUGUGGUAGAAAGGAAGAGAUUGGAUGAUUUGGUCAACUCCAUCAAAGAUGGGAGAUAUACUGAGCAGUGUUUCCGACUGUCGAACGCAUGUCUGAGCAACGUCUAUUACAUCGUUGAAGACUGGCAAGUGAGCGAAAGAAUGGAACAGAGCGGUCUUGCCAUCAUGACCGUCAAGUCUCAAGUUCAGGUCCAUAAUCGGUUCUUCCUCAAGGAGACACAUACUCUGAACGAAACUAUUGACUUUCUCGCAACCAUGACCAGAGUCAUUAUCUCUUCCCAUCGCACCAAAGCGUUACACGUUAUCCCUACUCAUUUCCUUUCUCGACCUUCGUUCAAACCCCUUCAGGAUCAUCUGCAGCUCAAACAUCCAAAUAUCAAGUUCCACACGUCCUUCAUCGCUUAUCAAGAACUAAAUGACAAAUCGGCGAGUCAGACGUUGAAGGAAAAGUUUGCAAAGAUGAUGAUGUGUGUAAAAGGCAUGAGCGCCGAGAAAGUAUCUGCAUUGCUUGAUGAAUGGGAAACGCCGCGGGUCAUGUGGGAGGAUAUGAAGGAAAGAGAUCGACAGCCGGAUGAUUCGGAACCUCCGGGACAACCUAGAGGUAAGAAGAGGAAGGGCGGGAAGGGUUCUUUUUUUGCAGAAAGAGUGCAGGGGGAGGCGAGGCGAAAGAUUGGUGAUGCUUUGAGUGAAAGUCUUUGGACUGCCUUGAUGGGAUAGGAUAGGUACAUCGCUACAGUUUGUUGUCAUUGAAGCAGGGGAGUGAGACAAAGCGGGGCGGUCGGAAGAGAAGCACUGUUGGUCCCAAAGGGAGAAAGCUCACCACUUUCUAGUAGUAUCCAACGGAGGGCUAAUUGAGGAAACAGCAUAAUAGUCAAACUGGCAAUUUAAUCCACACUUGUUGUCAUCUGUAUAUACUUUUUGGGUAUUCAUGUAUCUAUACGCA